AUGUACGAAGAAAUACUACCGGAUAGACGAUGGGACAAAAGUGUCUUAUUUUUAAUUUCCGACCGAGAACCCGUUAAGAAGAAAUGCCUCUACGCGAUAAGAAGAGACGAGGGAAAGCACUUCAAGGUAACUGAAAAUACAAAGAUACGCUCCCAGCAUUUCAGGAAAGGUUAUACUAGAAAUGUCUCGCGGUCAAAAAUGAACUAAGAGAUGGAGGUGUCCCUUCUGUGUUUUUAUGGAUUCGAACAUCGCCACGCAAAGGAAAGGAGCCGGCGGAAAGAAACUUGGAACUGACAGCUUCGAAAAGUGCAUCACAAAAAUUGUCUACCCCUGCUGCUGUUCUUGAAAAAUUAUCAAAUGAAUCGUCAAACGAAUUAUCAAACGAAAUGGUCCCAGAUCUACCAGAUUGUAGCUGA